AUGUCGAUGUCCUCAUUAGGUAGUAUCCAAAUAAUCAAUUCCAUCACCCUCCCCACAACUAGUCCUCCAAUAAACCCUAAAUUUAUUCGAAAGUUUUUUCCAAUAUCGGUAUCUUAUUCGAACCAUCAAAGUUUGCGAGUUAUUACAAGGGCUCAAUUAGCAUCUCCACGGCCUUAUCCAUGUAUUAUAAGGCGUAAUCCGGACAGAUGGGUACAUGAGCUUGAGCUUGAUGUUAGGGAUUAUGAGUUAGAUCAAUUCGGAGUUGUAAACGAUCAUGUUUACGCGAGUUAUUGCCAACAUGUUUGUCAUGAUUUCCUGAAGAAAUACACCAGCUCCAGUGCUGAUGUCAUUGCUCGAAGUGGCUAUUCAAUGGCUUUAGCAGAUACUUCACUUAAAUUUAUAGCCCCUUUAAAGAGUAGGGACAAAUUCUUGGUGAAGCUUAAGAUACCGGGAUGGUCGAAGACCCGUAUAUUCAUAGAAUAUGCCAUCGUCAAGCUUCCAAAUCUAGAGCUAAUACUCGAGGGGAAAGCAACAACGGUUUGGAUCGAUAAGCAUUAUCGCCCCACGCGUAUUCCCUCCACAAUGUUAGCUGAAAUGGCUCUAGUAUAUUCGUCACGCAAUUGA